UUCAACGGGCAGUCCAGUGUUGGACUGUUGAAUUGGAGGCAACAUCAUUUGAGGAUAAGGCUACUUUUGGACCGUGUUAGAAUGAAGACACUUGCGGGCCGUGUUAUUUCCUCCAAGCCGAUAUCUCUCCCUAAAGCUGCUAAGAUCCUCUCCAAGUUUGUGACGGUCGAGAACGGUGCUUCCCAUGCUAUCAGCGCUUAUCUUCAGCGUGCUUCCACCGCCUUUGAUGAGCUGGCUCAUUUGCACAAGGAACUAAAGGCCCCUAAAUCUGAAUGCAAAAGCAACCACCGCAAGUUAGAUUGUGCUGAAGAGCCACCUCAAGAGACUGAGCCGAGUGUGGAACCGAGACAGACUGUAACGGUUGAACUCAGUGAAGAGCCGAGUCAUGGGGAUCACGAGGGUUUGGGUGGCAAUAGGAAAAAGCAAAAGAAGUCGAAGAAGAAGAAGGUGGAUGCAGAUCAUACUGGUAAUCUUGGGGAAAAUGGGAUGGAGGCUGGAGUGAGGAAUGAAGGCAGAGUAAUGGCUGUUGACGAGGCAAAGAAGAAGGCAGGUGAGAGCACUGAAGGGGAAGAGAAAGGUGGAGAGGAUUUCUCGGAGCAGUCGAGUAAGAAGAAGAAAAAGAAAAAGGGAGGAGAUGACAGUAGUUUACUGGAUAAUGGGGUUGUAGUUAAAGAGCGAGAGAGUUCUAAGAAAAAGAGAGGGCGUGAGGAGAUUCAAGAGGGGUGAGAAGAAGAUGGUUUGAUGGAGCGUCCGAAUAAGAAGACAAAGAAGAGGAAAAACUCAGAUGAACAUUAGUUGGGAAAUAAGAGCAAUUCAUUUUUGCAGUUUUGUCGUCCUGUAUUAGCUUUGUAGAAUUUUGAUCUGUGAUGCCGAAGAGGCACUUCUGUUGUCGGUUAGGAUGUUAAAGAAUACAAGGCGGAGGAUUUUUUUCUUUUUAGACAAGCUCAUAUUUCGUUGGUUCAUGUUCUGUAAGAUUUGCUAUAGGCGUGAAUUCCUGCCUAAUUGUAGUAAUGGAAACUGUAUUGAGUUAUCAUACUGCCAACGGCUCUUGUUUAGCUGAGUUUAAUCCUCGAUCUCUUAUUAUUUCU